CCAAGCGCUCCGGAGACUCCGCUCCGCGUUUCACCUCCUCCUCCUCCUCCUCCUCCUCCACUUUUAGUUUUUAAAAAGCACCUCGAGUUACUCCUUCGGAGCUGCGGUGGUGUUAGGAAGAAGAAGGAGGAAAAAAAAGAAGAAGAAGAAGUCAGGCAGAUGAGCGGAGCGCCCGAGUCCGCCCUCCCAGAUGCGACGAGCACGGGGGGCGUCUGAAGCCACGCCGAGCGGAUGACGGUGGCGUCCGCACCCGCGCCCGCGCCCGCGCCCGCGCCAGCUUUCGCCUCACUUUUGCCGGAUUGAGGGCGAGCGACAUGCCCUUCUUCAAGCGGCUGGUGGAGCCCCGGUCCCUGUGCCGCCGCCGCGCGGAGGCGGAGGCGGCCGAGGGCGAGGGGGGCUCGCCCUUGCGGGACCUGCUGACCGUCAGCCACGCGGCGCUGGCCCGGAGCCUCCGCCAGCUGUCCGACCUGGCCAAGCACGCCUGCUCCGUGUUCCAGGAGCUGGAGGGCGACCUGGCCGCCACCGGCCGCAGGCUCCGCGGGCUGCAGCGGAAGGUCGGCCGGCUGCAGGAGACUUGCUGCCGGCUGGACCCCAAACUGGAGCCAGUCCCCGUGUCUGACCUGGACACGGAGAGCAAGCUGACGCGGCAUUACCGGGCUCCCUGGCACAAGCAGAGGAACGUCCUGCGCCCGGCCACGCGCCCGCCAUGCGUCGAACAACUGCACCGGGACACCCACCCGGGCGACCUGCACACAGAUGGUCAUCGGCGGCGCUCGUCCAGCCGGGGGCGCCGAGUGACGGUCACCUUCUCGGCCCUGCCGCCCGCGUGCCCGUCGACGCCCGGCGGCGCCGCCAGGAAAGCCAGGAAGGGGGCGCGCAUGACGGCGUUCCCAAGCUCCCGCCCGCCCUCCCCCACCGAAUGUUGCCACUUCUCUCCCUGGAACAGAAAGGCGGCGUCGUCGGCGUCCCCCGGUCAGCGCCGCAAAGCGCUCCCCGUGCCCAACACGCCGACCACCUUGGACAAGCAGACCAACUGGUCGCGAGCGCUGCCGCUGCCCACGCCCGAGGAGAGAAUGAAAUGCGACUCGCGGGUCGUCUCCUCCUGCGUCAUCGCCAUUAACGUCACCGGCGCGGACUUCGACAGAGACGCGGGCGCGCGGCGCUCGCUGGUCCACUCGCAGUCGUUGCUCCAGCGCAGGAGGAAGCUGCGGCGGCGCCGGACGGUGGCCGGCGUUCCCGGGCAGCUGCGCGACUUCGCCUUAGACUCGGACGACUCCCCCGUCUCCCGAGAACGCGGCGUGACGGUCCGCGCCGGCUCGGACGUCGGCCCGUCCGACGAGGAUCUGGCGAAUCAUCUGGUCACCAGAGACUCGGGUUGCCAGACCGAGGACUUCCUGAUCUCGGGGGCGCCUUCGCGCAGGAGAAUCCGGGCGCAGCGCGGCCACCAGGGGGCGGCGCUGUGCUUCUCUCGGUCGGCGGGCGACAUCGCGGCCCUGCGGGACGCCCCCGACGACGCGUUCGCCGCCCGGCUGCGGACCCGAAGUCUCCCCCGAGACGGCAGCCGGGCGAGGGCCGACGAGGACGAGGACGAGGACGACGCGGAGCUUUCCCCUUUCAACGGCGAGGAGGAGUUAAUUCUGAAGGACGAGGAGGAAAGCGCCGACGAGCGGGCCGGGUCGGAGCAGCUUUCGACGACGCCGGAGCGGGGCCGGGCGGAGAGGGCCCGCUCGCGGCCGCCCCGCGCGGCCCACGCGGGCAGCCGCGACGUGUCGUCCGGCUCCGACACCUUCGGCAGUCCCGCGCACUCGGUGUCGGCCGCCGGCGUUUUGGGGGGGCCCGUGGACCACAAGGACGACCACCAGUCCUCCAGCGGCAACUGGAGCGGCAGCAGCUCCGCCUGCCCCUCGCAGACCUCGGAGACCCUCGCCCCGGGCACCUCUCCGCUGGCUCGCUGCGACUCGGAGCUCUCCCUGAACGUCGCCGCCCACCCCGGCGACGACCGCCCCGGCUUCGCGCCGGAUCCUCACGCCGGGCUCAGGACCCAGAGGGCGGGCUCCUUCUCCUCCACGGCCAUGGACAUCUUAGAGGAAGCGGGCGCUCCCGAGUGGAACUACUCGCGCCCGGACCCCCCUCGUCGGCCACGGGACCUCAGCCCCGAGUCCAACAGGGAGGCGGAGAGCAGUCUGGGCUGCCCGAGCUUCGCCAGCACGGCCACGUGCGAGAGCAGCUUCUCCGACAAGCCGCCGUCGGAGAAAGCCGACACGGCGUCUCACUACUCGGAGGACACGGAAGGCUACUACACCUCCAUGCACUUUGACUGCGGGCUGAAAGGCAGCAGGAGCUUCACGUACUUCUACUCGGACCACGUGACUCUGGGGCCGCGCUGCCUGUCUUUGAGGAAGCCCAAGGCCAAACCGUGUCCGCCCAGGCGCAGCUCGUCGCUCCGGACGAUACGCAACGAGGAACCGAGGCUUCCGCUCUCCCGGGAGAAAAACCCUCAGCCGGUUGGGUCCGGCUCGUCGGGCCACAUCGCCGAAGAGCUCCCGGGCGUGUGGGGGGCGGAGGGAUCUUCGGAGCUGCCCUACUCGGGCGUCUUCAGCUACGCGGACGCGCGUUCCUUCAAAGACGAGGGCGCCGUCCAGGCCGACUACGCCGACCUGUGGCUCCUGCACGACUUGAAAUCCAGCGACCCGUACCGGUCUUUGUCCAACUCCAGCACGGCCACCGGCACCACGGUGGCGGAGUGCGUCAAAUGGCAGGACAGCUCCGAGUCGCAGGCGUCCCGGUCGGGCUCCGGGGCCACCACCCCCUCGCUGACGCCCGCCGAGGGCGACUUCAAGCUGGCGGGCCUCGCCAGCCCCUCCAGCGGGUACUCCAGCCAGUCCGAGACCCCCACCUCCGCCUUCCCCGCCGCCUUCUUCCCCGGCCCGCUAUCGCCGUCCAGCGCUAAGCGGAAACCCAAAGUACCGGAGAGGAAGUCGUCGCUCGCCUCCAAGCCGGACGCGGACGCGGAGUUGCCCGUCGUGCCCUCGACCCCCACGGAUUUAAGUGCCUUUCGCCGCGUCGGUGACGACCGGACGCCGAUCCAAAAUCACCGGCCAAUAACCGAGUCGCCGAACGGACCUUCCCUGAGCGUCGCCCCCGCCGCGCUGCGCGCCGUCCGGCUGCGAUCCGCCCGCAAGGAACCUGACCCCGGUCCCGAUGACGACGGCCCUUCCGCCGCCGCGUUCGCCACCCGAGCGCCGUUAGAAUUUAAGAGUCCACGUUCGGCCGAUCUCCGGCCGGCGGUCUCGUCCGACGACGAGCUCGUCGACGGCGAGACGACCGCGGAAUCGUCGUCGCCGCCGCCGGACGAGGAGGCGCGAAAGGACGCCGAGCGUUCUUGCCCGCCGCCUGACGAAGAUCUCUGUGCCUCCGCGCCGAGUCCGCCCGCCGCUCUGGAACGAACGCCCGUCGCCGGUCCGGGAAGCGAUGACGGAAACCGAGACUCGGACUCGGCGGGGAAUCCGGCGGGAAACGAGGAAGAAGAGACAGCCGCCGAGGAGAACUCGCCGAGCAAAGACUCGACGGCGGCGAGCGAUUCGGCGAUGUCGCAGCCGAACGACGAGUCGCACGCGGAGGACGACGGCGUCUUCCCGUCGCCCGCCAAAAGUCGAACCACGGACGACCUCUUCGCCAUGAUCCACAGGUCGAAGAGGAAAGUGUUGGGCAGGAAGGACUCCGGCGAGCUGUCCGCGAGGAACGGUCCGUCGUCUUCCGGCGGCCCGGCGCCUCCGCCCCCGUCGCCCGGCGCCGCCCGCUCCCCGGGUCCCGCCGCGUCGCCGUCGGGGGCGUCGCCCUCGGGCCCGCAGAGGGCCCCCGGCCCCAUCUUCAGGAACGUCAAGAAGUCCAGCACCUCCAACGAGGAGUUCAAGCUGCUGCUGCUGAAGAAGGGCAGCCGCGCCGAAUCCGGCUACCGCAUGUCGGCCGCCGAGAUCCUCAAGAGCCCCGUGACCCCCAAAGGUCAACCGGCGGGCGAGGAGGCGGCGGAAGCGGCCGAGGCGGCGGCCGGGCGCCCCGACGCCGAGGGCUCCUCGCCGAAAGCCUCGGCCUCGCCGUGCUCGUCCAGGACGGGCCGCGCCAGGAUCCCGCCGCCCGCCAACAGCAGCCGCUACGCCGCGCGCGCGCGCUUCUACUCGGCGCCCAUGCAGGCCAUCUCCGAGGGCGAGGCCGAGAACUCGGACGGCAGCCCCCACGACGACGAGACGGCGGCGCGCCCGGGGUUCGCCUGACGGAAACCCGCUCUUCUUCUUCCUUCGCGCCGUCGUCUCCUUUGCACGCUCGAACAAACGUUCUGCUCUCACCUCGCCGGAUUUUUGCCGUCGCUCCCAGCGUGUCCCGAACAUCACAACUAUUUUGUUUUUCUUGGGGGGGGGGGUGGACACACACACAACAAAUUGAUCAAAAGAAAAAUAUAUUUUCCGGGGGAAAAAAAUAUUUUUGAAUCAUAGAAACAAAUGCUUUUGAAUCAUUUGAAAUCAUAAUGAUAAUAAUAAUAAUUCAGCAAAAUUGUUUACCGAAAAAAGGUAUAUUUUCCAGGAAAGAAAAUAAUAUUUGAAACAAUGAAAAUGAAUAGUUUGAAAUAAUUUCAAAUAAUAAUGAUCAUAAUCAUUCAUCAUAUUUUUUUUAUAGAAAAAUGUGCAUAUUUUCCAGCAAAGAGUGACAUUUUUAACGAAAACGAAAAGUCAAAUUCCGGGGGAAGGCAGAUUUUUGUUGUUGUGUUUUUAUGAAAUAGUCCAUUUUAGAGGUGAAAAAAAAGAUUUUUUUUACAUGAUGAAAAAAUGGCUCGUGUAUUUUUAACCCCAAGUCUUUUCAAGAAAAAAAAGUUAUAUUUUUAGGGGCCCCCCCCCCCCUAAAAAUAUAACUUAUAUAAAACAAAUAUAAAAUAUAACUUAAUUUUUUGGGGCGAAAAGGGUAUUUUCCUCAAAGUUGAAUAUUUUCCCUCAAAUAGUCACGUAAAAAGUAUAUAUUUUUGAGCAAGAAUUUGGAUAUUUUCAAGAAACAUUUGUGAAUAUUCACAGGAAGAAAAGUUGCAUUUUCUGAGAAAAAGGUUGAAUUAUUUUAAAAUAAAAAAGAUGAAUAUUUUCAAGAAAAAAAAAGUAUUUUUUCAAUUCAAUGUAUUCAAGUGAAAAAGUUUUAUUGGUGUAUGUUUUCUUGAAAAAAAAAAUGUUUUUUCAAGAAAAUGUCCCUUUUCUGAUUUACAAUUGUUUUCAAGACAAAUGGUUGUACGCUUUGACCAUACAAUGUUUAUUUUCUUGUUAAAAAAAAAAAAAAAAGUAUUUUUUUCCUGAAGAAAAAAGGAAAUAUCCUAUAUUUUUAAAUGAAAAAAAACGUUUUUCAGUCAGAUUUUCAGUAGAACAUUUUGAAGAAAAAAGCAAAUGAUUAUACAAGAAAGUGAAAGAAGCCUUCGGUCAGGAAAAAGUCAGAUCAUUUUGAGAAACAAAAGUUGGAUAUUUUCCAGACAAGUCAUAUCAUUCCCAGCACAUAUUCACACGCUGUAUUUUCAUAUAUUUUCAAGAAAAAAGUCAUGUACUUUUCAACCUUUUUCCCCCUCAAACAUUUACAUUCAUUUUUUCAAAGUUUUUUUCCUGACAAAAACCCUCUUUUUCUCUUUUAUGCUCAAAAAUAUGUCACUUGGUUCAUCAUUUAUUUAUCCGAUGACGAGCCGUCGUCUUUUUUUUUUUUCCUUUUCCUUUUUCGACAAGUGGCGCGCGCGUCUUGCUUCCAUGCUGCAGGGUACAAAACUUUCGACAACAGAUAACUAUCUUGUUUUUCCGGAGAAAAACAACAAGCAAACUUCUUUUUUUUUUUUCUUUUUUUACAUACCCAACUUGGUAUUUUAGAGAUAAAAACUGUAUAUAUUUUAAAAGUUACAGUUGUAAUCUAACUAGAGGAAAACUAGUGUCAGAACAGAUAUUUUCCACAAAUAAAAAGACAUUGUUAUUUUCAAGGACAUAUUGUCAUAAAAAAAGUCAUAAUUGUACAAAAAUAAUCAAUAUUUUUGAGAGAGAAGAAAAUGUCAUUUUAAAACAUAUUUCAAGGUAAAACAAAACCAAAAACAAUUUCAAUCAUUUUGAAAGUUCAAUAUUUUGAGAAUAAUUUUGUAAAUUCAGUUUAAUACCUGCAAUAUGACUUUGCCAUCAGAAAUAGGAUUAUUUUCUAGAAAAUAAUGUCUUAAUUUUUGUAAGAUUGCUCCUUCACUCAAGAAAAAUAUCCAACUUUUUUCUCAAAUAUUAUACACUGUUUUUCUUUCUAAAAAAGUUGUAUAUUUGCAUGCUAAAUUUCAUCUUUAUUCUCACGAGAUUCCAAUUUUUUCACAAGAUUACACAUUUCUUUUUUUUCUAGAUAUUAUCUGACUUCCCUCAAAAAUAAAAAAGAAUUGUUGUAAAAUUAUGAAAUCCCAAAAAUGAAAUUUAAAGAAAAUAUAUAUUUUUCUUGAAAGUUUUUUUUCUCAACUUUGUAAAAAAAAAUAUAUAUAUAUAUAUAUAUAUAUAUAUAUAUAUAAUUAUUUAUUUUUUUUAAAAUAAAAUUAGGAAAAUAUCACUCGUAGUCGUCAAAAAGAAUGUCCUUUUUUUGCCCCUCAAAAAAUACAAAAUAAAAAAAUUGCCUGAAAAUAUCUGCCUUUUUCUCAAAAUCUACAUUUUUGGUAAAGAAAAGAAAAUUGUCCUAAAAAUCGAUGUUUUUGUGCCUCCUAAAAUAUGUUCUUGCAAAUAAUAUUCAACGUAUUUUUUUAAAUAAAUGAGACCUGUUUCUUGAAAAUAUCAAGACUUUUUUCCCCUCAAGAAAUAUAUUAAAAAUUCUCGAAAAAUACAACUUUUAACUCGAAUUAAAUGCCUUUUAUUUUUCUGACUUGAAUCUCGAAAAUCCGACUUUCUGACUUGAAUCUUGUCGCAUAACUGUUUUUCUUCUGACUUUAUCUCUGUAAUUCUCCUUUGCAGUGUCCAGACACCCAAAAAUAAUCAGCGUGUGUAUUCCGUGAGUACAUAACAAGUCGGCGGGUUUGGCGAGGAGCACUCGCGAGAUAUUUUCAACACGGUGAGAUUUUCCAACAUUUCUUUGACGUGAACGUGGUUUCGGCGAAGAAGAAAAACAAAGUUGACGAACCGUGACGGCAGAGCGCGAGUAGAAAAAGGUGCUGAAAUGAUGGUUAGCAGGUCAAACGUUUUUCAUGAUGAUAAUCGAGAAAAAGUGUCGUUGUGGGGUUUAGUUGACUUGGUGUGUUUUUUGGGAGUGUUUGUAAAUGGUUUUGGUAAGUGCCAGGCGUGUCCGAGGCAGGUCGGUCCAGGCCCCUUCCGCGCUCCUUCUGCAAGAAUUGCUUCGAUCCGGAUGCCUAUUGUUUUAUUGCAAUAUUCAUCGAAUCUAGAACGAUCUGCGUGACAUCGCGUCAUCCUCGCGAAAAUGAACUUUAUUCGUACAGUCCAUCUCUGCUUGGCCUUAAAACCUAUUGUAAAUAUAAAACACGUUGUUGUAGCGAAGACGUGAACAGGGUACGCAAAGAAUUUUACGUCAUUCCAAACUUUUCUUGUUAUUUUUUAGCACUGAUCAGGUGAUUUUUGUGACCUUCCUUUGUCUUUUGCUGGCUUUCCUCAUACAAAGCGGCAAGAGGGAUUCGGACGAUACCGCCACCUCGUGGAUGGAUGUAGUUUUUGUACAAAAGUGGAAAAGAAAUGAGCGUUGGUUGAAUUGUGUACGCAAAAAACAAACAAAAAAAACAACAAAAAGUGUUUACAUGGACUUUAAAGUGUUGUACAUUUCUGAGUUGUGGACAAACUCUUUGUCUUGUAUUUAUUUUGUUUGUAAACAACGUGGUGGAGAGCAAACGUGUACAAAAGGAGAAAUAAAUGUGACUGCUUGGAAAA